ACAGGAUGGCAUCGGCGGCGCUGGAGCUGCUGGGCUUGGCGCUCUCCAUCUUGGGCUGGGCGGGCGCGAUCCUGGCGUCGGGCUUGCCCAUGUGGCAGGUCUCGGCCUUCGUGGAGGCCAACAUCGUGACGGCGCAGACCACCUGGGAGGGCCUGUGGAUGGCCUGCGUGGCGCACAGCACCGGGCACAUGCAGUGCAAGGUCUACGACUCCAUCCUCUCGCUGCCCGCCGAGCUGCAGGCCGGGCGCACCCUCAUGGUGGUGGCGGCGCUGCUGGGGCUGGUGGCCCUGCUGGUGACGGUGGUGGGCGCCCAGUGCACCACCUGCGUGCGGGCCGGGCGGGCCAAGGCCUGGAUCGCCGGCGUCGGGGGCGCCCUCUUCGUCCUCUGCGGCCUGCUGGUCCUCAUCCCGCCCAGCUGGUUCGCCAACAUCAUCAUCAGCAACUUCUACGACCCCGCGACGCGCUCCAAGCGGGAGAUGGGCGCCGCCCUCUACGUCGCCUGGGCAGCCUCGGCCCUGCUGCUCCUCGGCGGCGCCCUCAUCUGCUGCCCCUGCGCCCGCCAGGAGGAGAGCUCCGCCUUCCCCGUCAAGUACUCGGCCCCCCGGCGGCCCACCUCCAACGCCGCCGCCGCCAACGGGGACUACGACAAGAAGAACUACGUCUGA